AUGACUCAACUGAUUAAUGUACCCGAGUAUUCUGAGGACGACCUGGAAGAGGAGAAUGAGGAUGAGGAGAAUGAAUUUGAUGAGGAUGAUGUGCAGGACAGUGUUAGGAUGGAUGCGCAUCACAGAGAUCGCCCUAUGUACAAUCCUAGUAUUUACCCUCCUCUCCUAUUUGGUUGUCCACAGUCUGGUCCUGGAGAUUUACCCUCUCCCCCUACCCCAAUCCCUUCUCCUAUUAGUGGUGAGUGGCGCAGUCCACAUUGUAGUCCCUCUCUCCCUAGUGUUGUUCAAUUCUCACAGGGUAUAUCCACAAGUAGUCGGUCUCGUCCCUCCCGCACUAGUCAGGCAUCUCCCCCAUUGAUCCCGUGCCCCCUCGCGGAGGUCCCGUCUCCACUGGAGUAUCUACACGUCCUCCCCCUCUCAUUGAUCUCGUGUGCCCUCGCUGAGGUCCCAUCUCCACUGGAGUAUCUACACGUCCUGUUACCACUAUUGUAUCAUCGGGUACCAAUUAUUUAUAUUUAA